AUGGCUCCCACCUACGCGGGGAUGUCGGGCAAACGCCUGUCCCUCUCCAUCUCGGCCAUUGGAACUCUAGGUUUUCUCCUCUUUGGUUAUGACCAAGGCGUUAUGUCAGGUAUCAUUAGUGAUGCUGCAUUCAACGAUGUGUUUACCGCGACCAAAGGCGACUCGACCAUGCAAGCCUUGGUGACUGCUGUCUAUGAGCUGGGAUGUCUGGCUGGUGCCAUAUUUGCUUUGUUCCGGGGCGACGUAAUUGGACGACGGCGGAUGAUCAUGAUCGGAGCCAGUAUCAUGAUAUUGGGUGUUAUUAUUCAGGUUACUUCGUUUCCCGGUCAUGUUCCCCUUGCUCAAUUCAUGAUCGGUCGUAUCAUCACCGGUAUUGGCAAUGGCAUGAACACGUCGACAAUUCCGACUUACCAGGCCGAAUGUUCGCGCACUACCAACCGUGGACUUUUGAUUUGCAUUGAAGGUGGUACCAUUGCGAUUGGCACCUUAAUUGCUUACUGGAUUGACUAUGGCGCACAUUUUGGACCCUCAGAUCUCGUUUGGCGGUUCCCUAUCGCUUUCCAGAUCGUCUUUGGCAUCCUGAUAAUCGUCGGCAUGUACCAUUUACCCGAUUCGCCUCGCUAUUUGAUUACACGAAACAAGAUCGAAGACGGCGAGUACGUGCUCGCUGCGUUGAUCGGCCGCGAAGUCACCGACCACGAAACACAGAUCCAGAAACAGCUGGUCCUUGACUCUGUCCGUGCCUCUGGCGCUUUGGACGAGGAUGUUCGCUACAAGGACUUGCUUACCGGCGGCCCUACCCAGCACUUCCGACGCAUGUUGAUCGGUGCUUCAUCGCAAAUUUUCCAACAACUCAGUGGUUGUAAUGCCGUUAUAUACUAUCUCCCCGUGCUGUUGCAGCAGUCCCUCGGACAAUCCACCAACCAGGCUUUGCUUAUUGGUGGUAUCAACAUGAUCUGUUAUGCCGUCUUUGCUACAUUUUCCUGGUUCUUCAUUGAAAAGAUUGGUCGUCGCAAACUCUUCUUGGGUGGUACCUUUGGUCAACUUACUGCCAUGAUCAUUACCUUUGCUUGUCUCAUUCCCAACAAUAGUCAAGUAGCUGAUGGGGCCGUGUUCGGUUUGUUCCUCUACAUGUGCUUCUUUGGCGCUACAUGGUUGCCUCUUCCAUGGCUGUACCCUGCCGAAAUUUCUCCCAUCAAGACUCGUGCCAAAGCCAACGCCGUCUCGACCUGCUGUAACUGGCUUUUCAAUUUCACCGUCGUCAUGAUCACUCCCGUCAUGGUUUCUAGCAUCGGUUGGGGCACAUACUUAUUCUUCGCCGCUAUGAACGCUUCUUUUAUUCCAUUCAUUUGGCUGUUUUAUCCCGAAACUUCCGGUCGCAGUCUCGAGGAAAUCGACAUCAUUUUCGCAAAGGGCUACAGCGAAAAGAAAAGCUACGUUACUGCUGCGCGCGAGUUACCCAAGCUUACGGACGAUGAGGUUGAUGCUCAAGCAGUCGAGUUUGGUCUUGCCAGAAACUCGGAAGAGGAGACUGAGAAGCAUAUUGAAGAGAGGCAAUCGUCUGAGGGCGCGCCGGGAACUGUUAAGCCUGUCGUCUAUCCUUGA